AUGGCGACGUGCACUCUGGUUGCGACUGUAGAGCCUGCGUCAGAGCGAACCUAUACCACGGCGGUGGAAGGGACCAUCACUGGUACUGUCGAUGCCCUGGACAAGGAGCUGCGCGAGAUCAGUCUCCAGAUCCACGACAAUCCCGAGCUGUGUUUUGCCGAAUACAAAGCCCACGACAACGUCGUCGCCCUGAUCCGGUCUCGCGGGCUCCCCGUCACCCCCCAUGCUUACGGGCUCGAGACUGCCUUCUCCGCCGAGUACGGACGCGAGGGGCAGGUGGUCACCUUCUGCUGCGAAUACGACGCCCUGCCUCAGAUCGGACACGGGUGCGGCCACAAUCUGAUCGCCACGGCGGCCAUUGCGGCGUUCCUGGCCACGGUGAGCGCCCUGCAGCAGUCGGGCAGGGCCGGGCGAGUGCGUCUCCUGGGCACGCCCGCGGAAGAGGGUGGCGGAGGCAAGAUCAAGCUCAUCGAGGCGGGCGCCUUUGGCGACGUCGAUGCGGCGAUGAUGAGCCAUCCGUUCCCCGUGGCGCCGGCCACCAGGGGCACGCACGGGGUGGCCUACGGGAACUGUCUGGCGGUGCAGGCCUUCCGGGCGACGUUCGAGGGCAAGGCCGCGCAUGCGGCCUUCUCGCCCUGGCUGGGAGCAAAUGCCCUGGACGCGGUGACGCUGGCGUACAGUGCCGUGGGGAUGCUGCGCCAGCAGACGCGGCCCACGGAUGUCAUCGGGCUGAUCAUCGAGAACGGCGGCGCGAGCAGUAACAUCAUCUCGGAGCGCACCGUCAUGAGUUGCAACGUGCGGGCAAAGACUCUCAGGGAGAGCAUGGAGCUUCUCGACCGGGUACACAAGUGUCUAAACGGCGCGGCGAUGGCGACGGGCUGUACCCUGACGAUCGAGACGAUACAUGAUCCAUACGCCGAUCUCCGAUCCAACAAGACGUUGUGCUCGCUCUUCACCGAGACCAUGGGAGCGUUCCACAAGACGUUCAAGUGCGAUCUGGAUUCCAUGCACGACGGCCCGUAUGGAACUGAUAUGGGAAACGUCUCCUACGCCUGCCCCUCGCUCCAUGCCACAUUCCAUGUGGAAACCCCCCCGGGGGUGGCCCUACACUCUGCCGGAUUCGCGGCGGCCGCCAGGACACUGGAGAACCAUAAAAUCACCAUGGAAGUGGCCAAGGGCAUGGCUCUGACGGGGUGGAAGAUUCUGUCGGAUGAGGCCGUGGCUACGCGAAUGAAGGAGGACUUUGAACGGGACAUUUUAUUACGAUAA